AUGAACCAGAACCACAAUACACAAUUUUUCUUAUGGCAAGUAACAUCAAACCUCCAGAAAUGAAUCGAAGAAAACCCAGAACUUGUUUUUUUUUAAUUAAUAUUCUUCCAGAAACAAGACUUGAGGUUGAAGACCGGAGAAAGACGAUGAAAAUUAAAGUUAUUUUAUUUUAAGUUUAAUUAGAGUUAAAUCUUUAUUAAUGAUUUAACUUUUUAAAUUAAUUACUCUAAUUUAUGAACCAACAAGAGGACUCACUCGUCAUUUUCUUUCUAAAGAGUAAUGAAAUGAUAUAGAGAUAAACCCAUCAUAACUUUAAAAUUAGUUAGCCUAGAAUUAUGUGAGAUGUUAUAUAUAUCACUUAACUCACACGAUAUUAUAUAGGAUAAACAGCCCCAUAUACACUAAUGAAGGGUAAGAAAAAAGAAGUAAAUAAUCUAGCUAAAUCUUUCACGUGUCACCCACACGUGCAUCAAUAUAAAGUAACAGUAGAACGUGAAAAACGCCGAAUUAGUAUAAAGCUACACACAGUUAAAGCUGUCAGCUUAUUCUGCUGAAAGGUAUAGAUAUCAUCAGAAAGCUUUAAUCGGGUUUCUCAUUCCUCACAAACAAACUUAGAAGAAUUCAAGGCAGCAGCAGCCUUAUAACAAUGAAAAGUGCUUAUUUCCUUGUAGCUUUUGCUCUAUUGGCUUUUGCUUCCUCCUUUGUCUUUGCAUAUGACCCCAGCCCUCUCCAGGACUUUUGUGUAGGCAUCAAUGACACCAAGAAUGGUGUGUUUGUGAAUGGGAAGUUCUGUAAGGACCCAAAACUUGUCAUCGCAGAGGACUUCUUCUUUUCAGGAUUUGACAAGCCAGGAAAUACAUCCAAUGCAGUUGGGUCAGCUGUCACUCCAGCAUUCGUUGAACAACUUCUAGGACUUAACACUCUAGGUGUAUCCCUUGUUCGUAUUGACUAUGCUCCUAAUGGUGGUCUUAAUCCACCCCACACCCAUCCUCGCGGAACCGAGAUUCUAGUAGUCCAGGAAGGCACACUAUAUGUCGGCUUUGUCUCAUCCAAUGAUGAUGGUAACCGUUUCUUCGCAAAAGUGCUGAACAAGGGAGAUAUUUUCGUUUUCCCUAUUGGUAUGAUUCACUUCCAGCUCAAUAUAGGGGAAACUCCUGCUGUUGCUAUUGCUGGUUUUAGUAGCCAGAAUCCAGGCACAAUCGUAAUUGCAAAUGCUGUUUUUGGAUCCAAUCCCCGUAUUAAUCCUGAUGUUCUUGCUAAGGCUUUCAUGCUGGACAAGAAUGUCAUCAAGUACCUCGAGUCUUAUUUCUAAAGGAAACAAUGCGGAAAAGACCUGAACUAGUUAUGUUUUAAUAGUUGCCUGUUUGGAUUGUGUUAGUGUUAUACCUCUAUUUGAUCACUGGUUCCAUGUAAUAUACCUGCCAACGUAAUAAAGAGGUUGCUUAUUG